GUGAGGGGGUGGGGCGGUGUGUGAGGGGGUGAGGUGGCAGGUUCUCGGCUUCCGGACAUAAUUGGCUGUUGCACAAACCAACACGGAAGUGGCCGGAAGGACAGAGCAGCGGCACAGCUCAGACCCUCAGACUUCAGCUAAAAGCUUUUUUUAAAACAAAAGCUUAGCCAUGCAGAGCACAGCAAAUUACCUGUGGCUCAUAGCUGAUAUUCUUGGGCAAGGAGCCACUGCAAAUGUAUAUCGUGGUCGGCACAAGAAAACAGGUGAUCUAUUUGCUGUCAAAGUGUUUAACAACAUCAGCUUCCUGCGUCCAAUCGAAGUCCAGAUGAGAGAGUUUGAAGUUCUUCGAAAACUAAAUCACAAUAAUAUUGUCAAAUUGUUUGCAGUGGAGGAAGAGACUACCACCAGAAAUAAAGUGCUUGUCAUGGAAUUUUGUUCGUGCGGAAGCCUAUACACGGUUUUAGAAGAGUCAGGGAAUGCUUUCGGCUUACCAGAAUCGGAAUUCCUGAUAGUGCUGCGUGAUGUGGUGGCUGGCAUGAACCACCUAAGAGAAAAUGGAAUAGUCCACCGAGAUAUCAAACCGGGGAAUAUCAUGCGUGUGAUUGGUGAAGAUGGACAGUCUGUCUACAAACUCACUGAUUUUGGAGCAGCCAGAGAAUUGGAGGAUGAUGAACAGUUUGUGUCACUUUACGGAACUGAGGAAUAUUUACAUCCAGACAUGUAUGAACGAGCAGUGUUGAGAAAGCCUCAGCAGAAAAUGUACGGUGCAAUUGUUGAUCUGUGGAGUAUUGGAGUCACCUUUUACCAUGCAGCUACAGGCAAUCUUCCAUUCAGACCAUUUGAAGGACCACGCAGGAAUAAAGAAGUAAUGUACAAGAUAAUUACAGAGAAACCUCCUGGAGCAAUAUCUGGGGCUCAGAAAUCAGAAAAUGGGUCAAUAGUUUGGAGUGACAAAUUGCCAAUCUCUUGCAGUCUUUCUACGGGCCUGCGUUCCAUGUUGAUUCCCGUUCUGGCGAAUAUACUUGAGGUUGAUCAGGACAAGUGCUGGGGAUUUGAUCAGUUUUUUGUGGAAACGAAUGACAUCUUGCACAGAGUAGUCAUACAUGUCUUCUCGCUGCAGCAAGUCACCCUUCACAAGAUUUACAUUCAAACAUACAAUACAGCCAAUGUAUUUUAUGACUUGCUCUAUAAACAGACAAAUGUUCCGCCCCAGAAUCAAGAGCUAAUCUUUGAAGGCCGACCGCUUGAUCUCGAACCCAAUGUACAAGCACAGAAUUUCCCUAAAACUUCUGAAGAGAAUCCUCUGAUACUCGUGAGCAGUGAAGCAGUGAAUACACUGGGCCUGAUCUUUGAGGAACCUACAGCUCCAAAAGUAAAUCCACGGUAUGAUUUAGAUCUUGAUGCUUCGUGUGCAAAGACCAUUACAGGCGUUGUUUGUCAAGCUCAGAAAAUAUCGGCCUCCCUCUUGCAUUAUCAAGAGUUGGUGCGGAAGGGUGUUCGAUGGUGGAUACGAAUCAUCAUGGAAAAUUACCAUGAAACAUUGCACAAAAAGAAUGAAGUGAUUCUGAAGCUGAAUUUCUGCAUCAGCAAUGUUGAGCGGACAAGAAAUCUGUACGACAGUUUGCUGCAGACGAACAUUUUGCCGUCAGAAUUGGAGGAAAUUCCAGAAAUUCACAGCAAAAUUCAUCGUUUGGCUGGUUCUUUGGAUUCCAUAAAUCACAACCUUAAGGAUAUAGAAACCAAAUUACUCCCUGGUAGUUCAUUAUCCGAUCACUGGGCAUAUGAAGGAGGAACUCAUCCAGAGGACAAAAAUAUUGAAAAACUUCGGGUACUCCUGGACUUGAUAACUGACAUCUAUCAUCAGUUCAAAAAGGAUAAGACAAUACACAAGUUGCACUACAAUGAGGAACAGAUCCACAAAUUUGAUAAACAGAAAAUGUGCAAUCACUUUUCAAAGGCUCUGUCCUUGUUCAAAGAUGAAUGUGUUGUGAAGUAUCAGUCAUUCCUUAAAAAGGCACAGGAGUGGAUGAGGAAGAUGCAUCUGCUGCGAAAACAAAUGCUUGGUGUCACCAACCAGUUUGUCAACAUCGAACAAGAAGUCUUCACGUACCAAGAGCACAUCAAGAAGCUCCAAAUUCUGCUGCCCCAUAAAGCUCUUCUGGGAACAUGCAGUGACCUGAAACCUCCGAUGUCCCCUGGCUACCCAAGUCAGAAUACUUUGAUGGAGAUGACCAAUGGAAUGAGGAAAUUGAAGGCAGAAAUGGAAGCGGUUGCUAAGGAGCUCGCUGAAAAUAAUCACAUUCUGGAAAGAUUUGGAGCUUUGACCAUGGAUGGAGGAAUUCGAAAUGCUGAUCAUCUCUAAAAGGACAGCGUAACCAAGUGUGGUUUGUCAAUAACCUAUUUACUAGUCUCCAGUUAGUUGUCCAGUUCAUCAAGCGUUUCAUCUUUUCAUUCUGUACAGAAGUAAUUAGAUGUAUGGGGAAGAAAGACUGUAAAUCUCAGGAUAUUUUCUAUUUCCCAUUGUUUCUUUUCCUUAUGUUGUAAUAAUAUAAACUACUUUUUGUAUGAAUGUAUUUUUAACCCUUUUUUUCUCCUUCACCGUGUCAGUUGAACAGUCAACCUGUUACGUUACUGCUGUUUGAAUUGUACUUUUAUGCAAGACGUAUGGCCUCAAGUCCAUGUAUUUACAGUGCAUUGAAUAUAGUUGAGGGUAUUUUUAAGAUCUUUUGGUCUGCAUGCAGCUUUCAAACUUUAACCGAGUGUCACAUUCCUUUUAGAUAUUCACAGAAAGUAAUUUUAAGUACUGUAUGAACAAAAACCUUUAGAUUAAGUGUUUCAGUGUACAAUAAGAACUCACUGUAACUCUAAGGAAUGUGAAAACUAUCUUGUCUCUGUUUCCACUGUAUUGUGUGUGUGUGUGUGUGCGUAUGUUUGUGUAUAUAUAUAAUAUUAUAUAUAGUUGUAUAUAUUUGUAUGCAUAAAUUAACUUUACAGUCAUUUAUUGAAUAGAAUAUCAGUGCACAUGAGAACUGUACAGAUUUUAUCGUAAAGAUGCAUCUAAAUCAAAGCAUAGAGAUUCAAGAGUAGCUGUUUUACUGUUGAAUCGCUGAUUAUAUAACCCACUUUUCAAAAAUGGUAUUAAUUCCCUUCUCUGAAAUCUCUGAAUUGUGAGCUGAAAGAUCUAUAAUACAGUGUUGGGAUUGUAUUCUUUAAUACUCUCAAAAUUAUAUUUUGGGGGGAAAAAUAUAAUCAAGAGUACGUAUAGCAAUGUUAAUUCUAAUCUGCACCGUAGGCCAUUUUACGGGUUACGGAACAAAAAACUGUGGAAAUUCAUAAGAAAGAAAUGUAUUUGUUCUUAAUAGCUCUUUGGACUCCCUGGUAUGAUGAGGUCCCAGUGUUCAGCGAACAUAAGCUUUCAAUAAAGUAAUGCAAUAACUAUUUGAUAAUCUUUCGAACAAUUUCUUUCAACUGAUUUAGAGAAUAAUCUUAACAAAAAAAAUGAAUGUUUAGUACAUUCCUUUACCAAAAUCAAAGUGAGUGAUUUACUUCAUUAGGAAAACCCACGAUAAAAUAGAUUCAAAUAUGUGCAUCUUCACUCUUGUGGUUUCCAUGUACUGUAUUGCUCGAUUAUUUUUGAAGUGAAAAUGCAAACAUUACAAUCAUUGUGAAACAGAAUUCACCCAAGUGUUGCUUUGUUCACUCACGGAUAGGGAACAUGAGCUGUGUUUUGACAAUCAUAAGACAGGUUGGUUUUACCUGACUGAUGAUGUGCUGUUGCAAUAGUAAUCCUGCUCAGUGCAACUCAUAGCCAGGUUGAAGCAAUGCAUCAACUCACUCCACAAGCGUUGAGUUGAGUGAAGGAAUCUAAAUAAAAUUGAAGCAUUUCUUAUGACAAUAGGGAAAGACACUUGGGUAAACUACUUUCUGAAUGCUUUACUAUCUACAUAAUUUCUUUUAGUCCUUCACUGAGCAAUUGGGAAAUGAUCCGUUCAUAAUGACUUCAAUAAAAGAUAGUUUUGAUCUUAUGACUA